GCUAGUGUGUAUGUAUGUGAUGGCUGCCAAACCUCUUCUACCCUCCACCAUCUUGCACUUCCCCUUUAUAAGUUUCAACGCCAAAACAUUCCCAUUUUCUCUUCAGUCAAUCUUCUUCUCGUACUUCAUUGUGGAAUUAAGAGUUUAAGACUCAAUGGAAAGCAAAGACCCACCAAACCCACCACCCCAAAACAACCCUUUCAUAUUCACUCCUAAUUCGAUGUUGCAAAACCCUAAUUGGGACCCUCAAGAGCAAUCAGGGCUAUGUGACAUUGAUUGGGGUAACCUUUUCUCUGCCCAAAACGGCUUAUUGCUUAAUGGGGAUGCUAAAGAUGAAAUUGAAUGUGCUUCUUCUUUUUCUUUUGUGGCUCAAAAUAAGGGAGUUUGUGAGGAGGAAAAGGGAAACAAGGAGAAAAGGAAAGGUGGGAGGAUGAAGAAAACAACACGAGUACCAAGGUUUGCGUUUCAAACGAGAAGUGCAGAUGAUAUUUUGGAUGAUGGUUAUCGCUGGAGGAAAUAUGGUCAGAAAGCUGUGAAGAAUAGCACAUAUCCAAGAAGCUACUACCGCUGCACGCAUCACACGUGCAAUGUGAAGAAACAAGUUCAAAGGCUAUCCAAAGACACAAGCAUUGUGGUGACGACUUACGAGGGAAUUCACAACCACCCGUGCGAGAAGCUCAUGGAAACUCUAACCCCUCUUCUCAAGCAAAUACAGUUUCUUGCUAGCUUGUAACGUGGAACUGUGUUUCUCUGCUACAACUACAAUAUGCGUGCACGUACAUAUCAAGCACUAGAAUUAAGUUUACUUAUUCAUAUAUAUGUUCGUUGGCUUUCUAAUUAAUGUCACAGUACUCUCUAUGUGUACUAUAUAUAUAUAUAUAUAUAUAUACUUCAAGUUAAUUAAUUACUGGUUUGAUUGUGAAUUUAACUUUUUUUAUGAAUCAAUGUGUCCAUAUAGAUCAUGAUCAUGUGUCUGGGUAAGCAAACUUCUGUAAAUUUUACAAGGUAUAUCAUGCUUUACUUUGGAACUUUA